GCGCAUGCGCGCCGGGCCGCGCUCUCCGUGUGUGGCGGCGGUUGUGCCGGUGCCGCUGCGUGCGCGCGGGGGAAGGGGUUCGGCGGCGGCGGCGGCGAGAGGGCCUCAACGAUGUCGGGCUCGGCGGGGUCCGGCGGCGGGACGGGCUCGGCGCGGAAGCGGCUGAUGAAGGAGGAGGACAUGACCAAGGUGGAGUUCGAGACGAGCGAGGAGGUGGACGUGACGCCCACCUUCGACACCAUGGGGCUGCGCGAGGACCUGCUGCGCGGCAUCUACGCCUACGGUUUCGAGAAGCCGUCGGCCAUCCAGCAGAGGGCCAUCAAGCAGAUCAUCAAAGGGCGGGACGUGAUCGCACAGUCACAAUCAGGAACAGGGAAGACAGCAACAUUCUCCAUCUCUGUUCUGCAGUGCCUGGAUAUACAGGUUCGCGAGACCCAGGCAUUGAUCUUAGCUCCGACUCGGGAGUUGGCUGUACAGAUUCAGAAGGGUCUCCUUGCUCUUGGAGAUUACAUGAAUGUCCAGUGUCACGCCUGUAUUGGGGGGACCAACGUGGGUGAAGAUAUCCGAAAACUGGAUUACGGGCAGCACGUUGUUGCUGGCACGCCGGGCCGUGUGUUUGAUAUGAUUCGUCGCCGAAGCUUAAGGACUCGAGCCAUCAAAAUGCUGGUUUUGGAUGAAGCAGAUGAAAUGCUCAAUAAAGGUUUUAAGGAGCAGAUUUACGAUGUGUACAGAUACUUGCCUCCAGCUACACAGGUGGUUCUAAUCAGCGCCACUUUGCCUCAUGAAAUUCUAGAGAUGACCAACAAAUUCAUGACAGACCCCAUUCGCAUCUUGGUGAAACGUGAUGAGUUGACGCUUGAAGGAAUCAAGCAGUUCUUUGUGGCUGUGGAGAGGGAAGAAUGGAAGUUUGACACCUUGUGCGAUCUCUACGACACUCUCACCAUCACCCAGGCUGUCAUCUUCUGUAACACCAAGAGGAAGGUAGACUGGCUCACAGAGAAGAUGAGAGAAGCCAACUUCACCGUUUCAUCCAUGCAUGGGGACAUGCCACAGAAGGAGAGAGAGUCCAUCAUGAAAGAGUUCAGAUCUGGUGCAAGCCGCGUCCUUAUUUCGACAGAUGUUUGGGCUAGGGGCCUGGAUGUGCCUCAGGUGUCUCUGAUCAUCAACUACGACCUCCCCAACAACAGAGAACUCUACAUACACAGAAUCGGCCGGUCAGGCCGAUACGGCCGCAAAGGUGUAGCUAUCAACUUUGUGAAGAACGACGACAUCCGCAUCCUCCGAGACAUCGAGCAGUACUACUCUACCCAGAUAGACGAGAUGCCCAUGAACGUUGCUGAUCUUAUCUGAAGGUCCGUGUUCACGAGGGAGCUGCCAUCGCAUCAUUUGUUACCUUCCAUAAUUAUGUUUUCAAACCCCUGUGCUUUUAUCACAUUGUUUUUAUGUUCUUGAGUUGAGCUGCAGAUGGGAACUUGUGUAAAUAAUGUCUUUACUUCUGCCCACCUUUUUCAAUUAAAAAAAAAAAAAAAAGUUUUAUCAUAACCUGUACCUGAUUACUUUAACCUUAAAUAGUAACAGAUAGUGAGUUUUGAGACCAUGGAAAAAAACAGUAGAUACUCUGUAAACUUCAUAAAAUACAGGAUUUCCUGAUCUCCACCUUUUUAUUAUUUAUUAUCUAUUUAUUAGUGCCUUUUUAUUAGCUGAUGCAUUUUUUUUAGCUUGAUUAAUUUUGCCUCUCCAUGAUCAGUUCUCUAGAAAAAGUUGAAGAUUGAGUUACAAGAUAGUCAAAAAGGAAAACAUUUCCUGCUUAAGGUCUUCCAGAGCCAGAUAUUUUAUUAUUCAGUUCUCUGGAUGAGUUUUUUCCCCUCCCCAGACACACAGGGGACUUGAGGACGAGCUUGUGAGCGUGAAUACCUCUAUUUAACUGGGUACCAGCAUUGUCUGUAAUAAACAAACAUUCAUAUAUUCCACCUUG